AGAUGGUGGUCGCUCGGCUGAGGCGGUACUGCUGCCUCUAAAAUUCGAUACCCUUGAUAGAGUACAUAUUGGUGAAAUUUGACAGAAAGAUUUGUGCACAAUGAAGAAGACCCCCAAAAAGGAUGGAAGGGGGCAUAUUUUGAAAGGGCACAUAAAUCUGUCUACUGUUUAUUUAUAUUUGAAGAGUGGUCAAUAUCCACCAGGAUUGUCGGACUGUGACAAACGAGCGGUCAGGAAAAGAGCCAAAUCGUUCUCUCUAACAGGGGAUGACUUGUAUUUCAUCGAACAGUGGAAAAAGUCGAAUGCCGAGGAUGAUAACGCCAAGCAGAGCGUCCCACGGAAGGUCCUUAUCAGCGAGGAGGAACGACGCAAAACGGUGUUGGAGGCACAUAUUGACCCGGAAGGAACCCACUAUGGUAUUGAGAAGACGACCAAUGCCGUCAGCAGUCGGUUCUACUGGGUCGGAAUUUCCCACAUCGUACGAGACAUCAUACAUAACUGCCCCUACUGCCAAGCAUCACGCAGCAACGUCAAUAUGUCCAUCACACCAUCCCUGUCUCGGCUGUUCGGCAUCAAGCAGGACGCGGAAGAUGGCGGGGACAAUGACGGCAACACCAGCAUGGUCUCCAGCACACCUGUACAACUCUUUCAGCCAGACAUGGAACCCGCCACCUACUUCUGGGAAAAGGUGGAGCUGCAGAUCCUCGGCCCGUACAUGAGCGGGAGGCGGGGGCUGUAUGUUGCCGUCUGCCUCGACAUCUACUCCCUGUGGCCGGAGGUUACCACACUGGCUGACAAGUCAGCACCAGCCAUCACACACUUCCUCCUCAACCUGGUCUGUCGGUAUGGUGUGAUGAAGAGUAUCAUCCUGCGAGAAAAUGACUCGACAAAGUUCAGCGACAUCCACAUUCGAUCUGACCUGUUGAGUAAGGUUGGCAUUGACCUUGACCUUGAGAACUUUGUUGUUUCCGAAACAAAGGACGUAUGGGAGAACUUAGAAAACUCCAUCUCCACAUUCAUCUCAAGUGAGCCAGACUCAUGGAGUCAGUGCCUGGAGGUUUGUCUGAUGCCCCAUCGAGUAUCUCGUCCCCAGCAGGCAGAAUAUACACCAGCUUAUUUGGCUCAUGGAAGAGAGUUUAGUUUACCCGUAGAACUGUCUCACCAAGAUACCAACACAUACAUAGACGUGAACACAACAAGUAAACAGAAGGCGGAGACCACAGCCAGCCUGAUGGAGGUGCAUUGUGGGUACAGGGACAGUCUGCGGACUGUCAACACCCAUCAUCGGCUGCCAUCUGUUGGUGCGGGCACAACUCCUUACGUGGCCUGUAUUGAACCAGGACAUGCGUUCCCUGUCAUCAAAGUUGCAAGUGUCACUGUGACGGGGGAUGAGGCAGAGAAGUACAAGCACAAGGAUGCCAGGGCGCUUCCCAGGAACACCCAGGUGAAGACGGUGUCUGUCGCUCCGUCCAAACCACUGGAGAAGGGGCAGAAGAGACUUGUUGUUGUGUCUGUCAUGGAGAGACAUCUUAGGGAGAAGGAAGAUGAGUCCGAUGCGGCGACAGAUGCUGCUGCUAUGAAGAUGGAGCAGGACGACAGCUACGUCGACGAUGGCGCGAUACCCACACAAGACAUGGACCCUGACUACACCUCCACCCCGGGCUUGCGUAGAAGUCGGAGACAGGAAAAGCAGACGUCACUCCCACAAUCAGACAGAGUGACGCGGAGGUCGGGCAGGAAGACCUUGCUGACUCCAAUAGCGAAGGCAUCCGAGGAGGGUGAAUCUCCGAUGGUUACCGACCAUCCUGUAGAUAGAGUGUGCUCAUCAGGAAUGCACGGUCUGGGAUUCGGGAUGGAAGAUCUGGAUGCCUAUUACUCAGCUCUGGAGCAGUACAAGGUUGACGGCAAGUACCCCGAUGGCUUCACUAUCCACCAGAAACGUGUCCUGCGUAAGAUCAGCCAGAGUUACUUCCUCCUGGAUGGUGUGUUGUACUACCUCCAGGGGGCCAAGGGCAAGAAGAAAGUUGUGAUCAAGACUGCAACACAGAGACUGGCACUGCUGAGACGGGCACAUGUCUCGGACACAGGAACUCAUGUAUGUCGAACCAAAGUGAUUGACCGACUUGAUUCAUGGAAUACAUACUGGAAGGGUCUGACAUUAGACUGUGAAGCAUUUGUUCGUGCAUGUCCGUCUUGCGACCAUGGCAAGGAGAGGACACGAUCAGACCACAACACAACACUCAAACGGGCAGAUGGCACCAUGGAUGAAGAAGAGCUUGACAUUGACAUGGAUGUAUCAGGAGAUACAGAUGAUGGCGGGGAGGAGAACUAUGAGGACCUGCUGGAGUAUCUCAAGAAGCAGAAGUAUCCCAACAGCUGCAGCAAGAACUUCAAGUCCAGUCUGAGAAGGAAGAGUAAGAGCUUCGUGCUGAUCGACUCCGUGCUGCACUACGUCUCCCGACACAGCAGCGAGGACCAGCCAAGACGGGUGCUUAUCUCAGAGGAAGAACGGACACAGGCCAUCAGAGAGGCCCACUCAGAGCAUCACUAUGGUCGCAACAAGACAUACAUUGUGGUUCGUGACAAGUACUACUGGAAGGGGAUGACGGAGGACAUCACUGACUUCGUGAAGAAGUGUUGCCAGAUGGAGGUACGCUGCCACACUAUGGAGGAGGAGCUGGUGAGACGCCGGACGCACAUGACUGACCGGGUCAACUGGUUCAAAGAGAAGAUUGCCAGUCAGCAGGAUGCUGAUCUCUUGGGGGAGAAUGUGAUGCAGAUCCUGAUGAAGACAGAACACAUGGAGACAGAGGAGGUGGAUGAUGUCAGUGUUGCGGAGGUGGCUGCAGUGAAAACCCUGGUUGAUGUCUCCCAGUCCCACAAGGUGUACCAGGACAUGGAGUCACAUGGUCCCUCCCAGAAUGAUGGUGGAGCUGAAGGAGGAGCUGAAGGAGGAGUUCAGAUGGACAAGAGUGGUCAUGAAUCAGUGCCUCGACAGCCUGAAAGAGAAGUGCCUGUUGAUGAGGCAAGUGUUGAACCAGGGAAUUAUGUGAUAGAUGUGAAGGUGUACACUGAUGUGAUGGAUUCUCAGGGUGCUGGAUCUCACAAUGUUGUUGUGGAAUCGGUAGAGCCACAGAAGGGGGGUUCCCCAACAUGUUCCGUCCAAUCAGGAGGCCACCUUGGUGGUGGACGUACAACCAACCACUACAGAGUGGACAUGGUCAUGGUGCCGUAUGAUCAGUGGAACACUCCUGACCUGAAGAUGCUCAGUGAAAGAGUCCGGAUGACCAAUCCAGGGGAACGUGUCAGUGUGGAACAAAUCCAAGACCAGGAACAGUCUGUGAUCCUGUCCAAAGGGACCUCACUGAUGAGGGAACAGUUGAGAAAGUAUCGGAAACUACAUCAGCGGUGGCGUCCAUCCCUGAUCCCUCCUCGACAGAGGAUGCCCAGAUGGAGGUGGACGAGGACGAGGAUGAGGACUAUGCUCACGAGGAAGAUGAGGCCCGAAUCCGAUGCAGAGAAGGAAGUCAAGGAUGUUGAGAUUAAAUUGCAGGUGGCAUCAACUCCCAAGAAAACACCCAAGUUUACCUGUGAGUUCUGCAACAGGGAGAUCAAGGGACAAGUUAAUUUCAAAAUGCAUGUAUACAAACACACCGGCAUCAAGCCCUUCACUUGCGAUAUCUGUCCCAAGAAAUUCAGCAACAACAAGAGUCUGCGCAUCCAUCUGCGGAAACAUACGGGAGACACUCCAUACCUAUGUAAUCUAUGUGGAAAGGGCUUCUCCCGAGCGACGUCUCUGCGGUACCAUCUGAGGGCUCACGAGGAGGGAGGAGGUGUACCUGUGACUUGUGACGAAUGUGGACGUGAUUUCACCACACCGAGUAGACUAGACAAACAUAAAGCCUGCAAGCAUCCUGUGGAAGCCCCUGUGUUCCAGUGUGCCGACUGUGGCAAGGUGUUCACUGCUCAGAGGAGCUUAAAACGGCACAUGGUCUCCCAUCAAGGAAUCCGUCAAUACCAGUGUGAGGUUUGUGGCCGUGGCUUCUUCCGCAAGGAGUACCUCAACAGUCACCUCGCACAACAUCCUGAAGCCUUCGAUGUCAACAGCGGCCACAAAACUAUAAAAAGCCGAACCAAAAAGAAGCCGGUUGUUGUUGACCUUGACCCUAACACAGGUUUACAGGUUCAGUCUGUGGUUCAGGUGUCAGGGAACCAGUCCACUGCCCAGACGUCGGACUCGACAGCGUAUGUGUUUCCCCAGGAGAGUGUUCAGUAUGAAGUGGAGUGUCUGACAAGCGAGUCAACUCUCACGGAGGCAGACCUCAAGGCCAUCCAUUUCCUUGCUCAAGCUAGUAUACAUGGCCAGUUCUGAACAUCAGAACAUCCAGCUACAGACUUGAUAUAAAUAUCAGAAUAUCCUAUUGCAGAGACGUUCUUAACAUCAGAACAUUGGAACACCAGGAUGUGGACAAGUUAUGAACAUCAGAACAUCCAGCUGUGGACAAGUUAUGAACAUCAGAACAUCCAGCUGUGGACAAGAUAUAUUUAUCAGAAUAUACUGCUGCAGAAAAGUUACAAACAUCAGAACAUUGGAACACCAGGCUGUGGACAAGUUAUGAACAGCAGAACAUCCAGCUGUGGACAAGUUAUGAACAUCAGAACAUCCAGCUAUGGACAAGAUAUAUUUAUCAGAAUAUACUGCUGCAGAAAAGUUACAAACAUCAGAAAAUUGAAACAGCAAGCUGUGGACAAGAUACCAGCAGCAGAAUAUCCUUAUGCAGACUGGAUAAAAACAUCACAAUAUUCUGCUGCACACUUGUUCUGAAGAUAACAUUGGAACACCAGGAUGCGGACAAGUUCUGAACACAAGAACGCCAUGCUGCACUCAUUGGACUGGGCUGUCAUAAAUAGCACCUGAUAAUGAUAUGUAUCAUCAAAACAUUGUGAUACUAUGAAUGAGAGGGGAAAGAGUUAAACCUGCAUGCAUAUUUUUAGACAUUGUCAUGAUGAUGAUGAUGAUGAUGAUAGAGUUAAACCUGCAUGCAUAUUUUUAGACAUUGUCAUGAUGAUGAUGAUGACGAUGAUGAUGAUGAUGAAGAUGAUGAUAUAAUCAUGAUACAAACAUUGGAUCUCAAGUGUUCUGAAAUGGCAUGUACAGUAUAUAUUACACCAGACUGAUGGGACCAUUGAUGACCGAUUUGCUCCACAACAUGAAAUACCUGAUUCAUGGUAAACAUGAUAAUCAACCGUUCUAAUCCGAUAUCUUAUUAUAUUUCAUAUUUGAUCAUGUUUCCACAGGCUUUUUCAUGCUUAUGAUGGACAAUAUCCUUUCCCCGUUGUUUUUGGCAGCAAAAAUCACCAACAUUUUACACCUUUUGAAUUUGCAAUUUUAAUUAUGAUAAUACUGGUAUACAGUUAAAGAUACUUCCUGACAUCAUGGGAAGAGAUCUUACUGAUGAAACGAGGCCUGGUCUGUGGCCAGCAUUUACACAGAACUUACAUUUUAUUAUGUUGUUUGUGUAGAAUAAAAAUACGGGCUACCAUCUCCCAAUGGUAAA